AUGUGCCUUGAGUUUGCUGUGGACUCGCAGUUCAAGUUCAAAGUCGAGGCUGAGGCUCAUCCUAUGGACAUCGGCGAUAUCAUUAUGAAGGUUUGCAUGACAAGGGGCCCCUGCAACGGCAGUGGCGGUCAAGGGCUUCAUAGAAGCCAACGCCCCUCGAUCGCGCAGUUGCCACUUGGUCGUAUCGGGGGCACCUCUAGAGGAGGUCGGAAGAAGAGGGGGUCCCAGUACGGUCAUUUGGCUAAGCUCAUAUCGAGCAAGGGAUUCUAA